AUGAAUCCAAACCAUGAAACACAAGGUCACAAGAGAUCUGAUAUCAGUGUGAACCCAAACCAUGAAACACAAGGUCACACGAGAUCUGAUUUCAAUGUGAACCCAAACCAUGAAACACAAGGUCACACGAGAUCUGAUUUCAAUGUGAAUCCAAACCAUGAAACACAAGGUCACACGAGAUCUGAUUUCAGUGUGAAUCCAAACCAUGAAACACAAGGUCACAAGAGAUCUGAUUUCAGUGUGAAUCCAAACCAUGAAACACAAGGUCACAAGAGAUCUGAUUUCAAUGUGAAUCCAAACCAUGAAACACAAGGUCACAAGAGAUCUGAUUUCAAUGUGAACCCAAACUUUGGGGCUGGCCAUGGUGGUGUGGUGGUGUUUUGUUACUGCAGAUACGCAGUGGCCAGUAGACUCUGGUAA